AUGUCGACCGCAUCCGUCGACGUGGCGAACCCGCUCCUCCAGCAGGAGGAUUUGCCCAAAUUCGCCUCCAUUCAGCCCACCGAUCUGACACCUGCCGUGGAAGAUCUCUUGUCCAAGAUGAAUCAGGAUUUUGAUUCCUUCGAGACAAAACUGACGCAAGCAUCCGGUAGUAUGGAAUUUGAAGACGUCUUGCCGGAACUGGAACGCAUGCAGUUCGGCCUCGGCUACGCCUGGGGCGUCGCCGGACACCUGAACGGUGUCAAGAAUGGAGACGAACUCCGGCAAGCGUACGAGGCCAAUCAGCCCAAAAUCGUGGAAGCCAUGAGUAAAUUCCGUCAGAGCAAACCGGUGUACGACGCGCUCUCGGCCAUUGACGAAAAGAUCAAAAGUACGGAUGACGCUUCCUUUGCACUGUCCCAGAGACGUCGGGCUGUCGAGAGUUCGCUACGAUCCAUGACACUGGGUGGUGUCGGGUUGGAGGGUGACGACAAGAAACGUUUCAACGAAAUCAAAAUGAAACUGGCGUCGCUGAGUACAACCUUUUCCAACAACGUCUUGGACGAAACCAAGGCGUUCAGCGUCACGAUCGAAGACGGCAGUAAGCUGGAAGGCGUGCCCGAUUCCGCCAAGGCCAUGUGGGCCCAAGCGCACAUCAAUUCACUGAAAUCCAAAGAUGGCAAGGAAGAUGAGGAGGUCCCGGAAAUGGACGCCAACAAAGGACCUUGGCGCAUUACUCUCGACAUGCCGUCCUACAUUGCCGUCAUGAGUCACCUUCCGGACAGGGCGUUACGCGAACAGGUCUACAAGGCUAGCAUUCAGCGGGCGUCGGAGCAGAGUAACGACAAGAAUAAUGUACCACUCUUGUACGAGAUUCUCAAACUGAAGCAAGAAACUGCCAAGCUUCUGGGCUUUGACAACUACGCCCAACUCAGUUUGUCUUCCAAAAUGGCACCGUCGGUGGAAGCUGUCCGUGAGUUAUCCGAUCUGAUUGCGGAAAAAGCCUUGCCAGCGGCCGAAAAGGAGCUUGCUGAAAUCACGGCGUUGGCGCGGGAAAAGGGUGGCGAGGAAUACAGCACGGAGAACCUCGACAAGUUGAUGCCGUGGGAUUCCACCUUUUGGAGCGAACGGUUGAAAGAAUCGAAGUUCAAUUUGACCGAAGAAGAAACUCGUCCGUUCUUUGCCUUGCCCUCUGUUCUGGAUGGUAUGUUUCAGCUGGUUGAGCGUAUUUUCAACAUUGAAGUCAAGAAAGCGGACGGCGACGCCGAAGUUUGGAACAAGGACGUUUCUUUUUUCAAGGUGUACGACGCCGAUUCCGGCAAGCACAUUGCCAGUUUCUUUUUGGACCCAUACUCGCGUCCUGAAGACAAACGCGGCGGUGCCUGGAUGGAUGUGUGUGUCGGUAAGUCGGAAGCCGUACAACGCGACGUGCCUGUAGCCUACCUGACCUGCAACGGGUCUCCACCGGUCGGUAGCACGCCGUCUCUCAUGACAUUUCGUGAGGUCGAAACCUUGUUUCACGAAUUCGGACACGGUCUGCAGCACAUGUUAACCACUGCCUCAGUGGGAGAUGUGGCUGGCAUCAACGGCGUCGAAUGGGACGCCGUCGAAUUGCCUUCACAGUUCAUGGAAAACUGGUGUUACGAUAGACCCACUAUUUACGGCUUUGCCAAGCACUGGAAGACGAAUGAGCCGAUGCCCGAGGAAAUGUUCAAUAAGCUUUGUGAACAAAAGACGUUCAAUGCUGGUAUGAUGUCCUGUCGUCAGUUGCUGUUUGGUCAAUUGGACAUGGAGUUGCACUCCAACUUCGACCCGGAGGCUGGCGAAAGUGGAAAAGGCGAAUCCGUCUUUGACGUCCACCGCCGUAUGGCGGCCAAGUACACACCGUACAGUGAACCGUUACCCGAGGAUCGUUUCUUGUGCACCUUUCAGCAUAUCUUUGCCGGUGGUUACAGCGCGGGAUACUAUAGCUACAAGUGGGCCGAAGUCAUGUCGGCCGACGCCUUCUCGGCGUUCGAAGAAGUUGGCCUUGACAACGAAGAAGAAGUUAAGAAAGUGGGACGAAAGUUCCGGGAUACAGUCUUGAGUUUGGGAGGAGGUGUCGAUCCCAUGCAAGUGUUCAAACAAUUCCGCGGUCGUGAACCAACACCAGAUGCUCUCCUACGCCACAAUGGGUUGGUUUAA